AAGAAGACGAAGAAAAAGAAGAAGAGGAGUUAGCAUCUGUAUCCGGGCUGUUUGUUUGAGGUAGCCCUGGCACUUAGCUAGCGACCUAGUUUACUUAUAAAUAAAUGUAAUUCCGCCGGUAACGUGAUAAAGAAGAGAGGGCGGCGGAUGUCACGUUAGUGGCAGUGAACGUUUUGGAUGACAUCGUAGGAGAAACCAUGCCCCUGGAGACCGCAGCAGUUGGAGAUUAACGCGCUUGACCGAGAGGUUGCUGCCACCGCUGUUGUCAUGGGAACGACGACGAGCGAGCCAUGCAUCUACGACAAACUGUCCGAGAGCAUCGACAUCCUCCGGCAGUCGGGCUACCGCUACGGCAUGUCGGAGAGGGAGAUCGAGAGGUUCAUCAAGCAGGUUCUGGAGACCAACGAGCCCAGAAGAGAGCCGGCCCAGUUCCCCAUCCUGAGGGCCACCAUAAAGUUUGUGAUGGCGGUGGGCUUCCUGCUGAUGCUGGUGGUGCUGGCCUUCACGUACCCUCAGAGCGGCCCCCAGCUGGGUCUGGUCCACCUGGGCUGUUACAACUGGUCGUCCCCGCUCAGCCACGUCCGCCUGUUGUCUCUGCCCAUCGCCAAGAAGUACAACCUGCAAGGUUUCCAUGAGUGGUGGAGUGCCGGCUCCCUCAGGCAGAAUCUGGUCAACUGUUCAGGAUGUGCAGACAUCUCCUCAGUGCUGGAGAUCCCGCAGAGCCUCAGAGGGAAGGUGACUCUGCGACGAGGGCCGCAGCUCGUCCUGCUAAAGGGUGGGGAUACUCUCAGUGUGCAGCGGCAGCAGCUCGAGGAGCUCUACUUGGCCCAUUCAGGCUCCAUGUCCAUUCUGCUGGAGGAGGACGAUGGUCUGCCGAACCACAACGCGGGCCUCCCCCAAGGACCCGCCAACUUCACUUUGCUUUGGAGGUUCAGCUCUGGGACCAGAGAGAAGGUGCUGAGGUGGCUCUUCCCAAAGGCAGAGCUCUGCCCCCUGCUGGACAGCGCUGGUACCAUCGUGCAGCGCUGCAUGGUCACACACAGCACCAACUCCCAGAGUAAAGGUGUGGAUGUGUUUGGAUGGCUCGUGGUGGGCGAGGGGCUUCCAACGGUCCGAGUUCUGCCCGUGCAGCGCUGCCAGAAACACUGCAGCUCCUUCAACCUGUGGCUGACCCCCGGAGACAUGGGUAGCAACUGCUUUAGCAGUCCUUCAUUUAAAAUAGUUCAACCUCACAAGAACACAACCUCACUAUGUGCAACUUACGGGCUUCUUUGCUCCGAUUGGAACAAAUACCUUCGUAAAAAACACAUGAAUAUAUGAAUAAAUGUAAUUAUUGUCUUGUAGGACCUUAGUUUUUAAUGGCGCUGCAUGGGAAUUUCUUUUCUCAUUAUUAACUUUGCACACUUUGUCUACAAAUUAUUCAGGAUAUUUUUAGUGAAUUAACACUUUUUGAUAAUUCAUUGAAUUUCUUGCUAUAGAAUACAUUAUCAAAUUAUUAAAUAGAUGUAUUGAAAAUUUCCAUUGGACUGCCAAAGCAAACAUUAACAACUUUUAUACAAUUUAUCCUCACCACCCAAUGGAAUAAAUGGGUAAAUACAUUCACUUUGGGAUAGAGAAGUUUGAUUGACAGCAGGCAGAGCGCCUCCUCGCAGUCUGACCUCGAGUUGAUGCUCCUUCUCUCUGGCCUC